AUGAUAAUAUUUUUAUAUCAUAUUUGCUUCAAUUGUCUUAAUCUCUCUCUCACUCUCACUCUCUCUCAUUCACUCUCUCUCUCUCUAUCUUUCACUCUAUCUCACUCUCUCUCACUCACUCACUCACUCACUCACUCUCUCCACAUAUAUAUCAUUCAAUCUUUCACUAGAGUUCUUGAAGAAAAUCCAAAUGCAGAAUUAAAAGCGGAAGUGACGUCAGCGCUCGAGUUUCUUAAAAGACUUCCAAAACCUGAUCCCCCCAAAGUGCAAAAUAUUAGCGCGUCAGAGGUCAAAGUUAAAUGGAACCCGGUCAUCUCCAAAUCUGGCUUUCCAAUUACUUACAAAGUUUUCAAAGAUAAUCAAUGUAUGUUUGAAGGGAAAGACUGCGAUGAAUUCCUUAUUGACUCACUUCAACCAGCCCGGGAAUACGUCAUCCAAUUACAGGCAUGCGCAGAAGGGGACGACAGUCCUUUAAGUGAUACGGUGGCAGCUGUAACAGUUGAAGAAGUUCCUAGCCCUCCUCUCAACCUGCAGGUCUUGGGACGUACUGUUAAUUUAUUGAAAAUCAGCUGGGACCGGCCACAAUACUACAACGGAACAAUUAAAGUCUAUCACGUCCUGACAGAAAUUACAGACGAAACCGGAAGUUCACAGACGUUUGAAAGCACAGCGCCUGAGACAUCCGCCAUUAUUAGUGGGCUUACUGCUGGUACAACUUACAAAGUUCAGGUUUUGGCUGUUAACUCGAAGGGCAAAGGUCAUCCGGCUUCUAUUGAAGCGCGAACAUCAGAAGCAGGCAGCCACGUCCCGCCGAAACCAAACGUUACUGUGAUUGGUCGAAAUGAACUACACGUGACCUGGUCAACUCCAGCUGAACCACUCGGACGAAUUCACCAUUACGAACUGUCAAUGGACAGUAGUGUUGUCUAUUCUGGCAAUGACAUGCAUUUUCACAUUCACAGAUUGACACCUGACACUGAAUAUAAUUUUGUGGUUUCGGCUGUAACCAGUGAAGGCAGAUUUGACAGUAAAAUAGUGAAAAAAAGGACAGCAAAAGACGAAUACGAGGUAAACAGCGCUAAAGUUCUGACGACAGCGGAAAUUGCCAGAGCCGCCGAGGAGACCAAUGCUCAAACAUCUGUUUCCAGAAGAUGCAAAUCUGCCUGUAUUCCUCUUAAGUCUGGUAGACCCUCUUCAAAAGUGAAGAACAUCAGUAAAGAGAUACCAAGGCCUGGGAAGACGCCAACAGCGAAUAGCCAUUCCAUAAAACGCUCCAGUCUUCACUCCGCCAUACAACGAUUCGACUGUAACCAGAGAAAAAUGUCUGUCAAAUCUUCAAGCGCCACCUGCACUGCCAAUCGUACGAAUCACGACGCAAAAUCAAACAGAAAAUCUGUUCGCAUGUUCCCCAGUUACAUUAACAUCAGUCUAGGAAGCAGUAACCAGAAAGACGAUGUUAUGAACGUGGUACGUAAUGGACGUCUUGUUAGAACGAACACGUUUGUCUUAAGCCAAUCAAAUCGAUCCUCCGGUCGGCAACUGGAUAAAUCAGCCAAUGGUAUUGAAGCUGGAGUUUUAUGCGGCGCAGCUUCCACUCCCGUUCAAAACGACUAUAACUGUAGAAAAACUAUUGAUGUUACUAACACCAUGACAUCAAUAAACGAUUCGAGGUCCCCAAUGAUUCACUCAGCUUGUCGUAUGUGGAGUGUACCCUCGGCUUUUAGAAGUAAAUCCGCAGUAAGAAACCAAUCGAAAAAAUCGAGCACAGCGAUAAACUCUCGUUUUUCCAAUUAUUUCAUCCGUUCUUGUCACGAGAACCAAGCAAGGUCGGUGUUCAAUUCACACCGUUGGCUUGCGAUGGAAAGCCGGCCGUGUUUGGAACUAAGAGUUCCAGUUUCGACUCCAGAGACUGCUAACACUCUCAGUACUUCGUCUGGAAAGAGCUCUACUUAUUCGGAUUCUUCAUCGACAGACAAAAAACAAGUGUGCUUCGAAGAUAUCUCUAUGCAAGACGACCAAGAGACAGACAGCAAAAAUCCUAUCACCCAGGAAGGGAUCAACCAAGAAUCUCUCUUGCAAUGUCUACAGACACUGGAAAUAAAUGAUAAAAUUACAAAUGGCCAGGUUGGAACCACCAAAAGCGAUCAAGAUUCUCUCAGCGGCAUCCAAAUAUCUUCGGAAAAUACUGAACCUCAGAUUAUCGACCUUUCCGAAGCUUCUACGGAUUGUAAAGAAAAGAACAAAUCUGAGGAGUUUAUUCGGGUUUGUUCUGAAAUUUGUGAGCAUUCCUCUAAAACUGAAUGCGAUGAGGAUGCUAAUUCUUAUAAAAGUCACGUGUGUAAAGGCCUGGGUGAUUUAGAUAAAACUUUACCAGCGAGAUCGAGGAAACUAGAAAUAGAAUCCGGAUAUGAUAGAAACAGCCGUUUCUUGAGCAAGACUUCGAAUAUUUUGCCGUUUAAUGAAAAUAAUUUAAACAGCGAGAAAUUCUGGAAAAAGACGGACGCUUAUAACAAAAGAGUCAAACCAAGAACAGUGCGAAGUGCAAGAAUUCUGAAAUACAAUCGGUCGACAUCUGCUCCUCGCAGACCCGGUACGGUCAGCGUUUCGGAAUCGGGGCGUCAGAGACUAACAGGAGACAAAUCCACCUGCAGUGAGGCCAUCUUGAAGUCGGAAAGCAGCGCUAAGUCUUUAGGAAUACGUACUAUGUCUCUAACGCCGACACCAAAUAUAACUGGGCCAUGUCAUAAGAAUUCCUUGUUUUCUGAAGGCUUUGUACCCAGCCAGUUAAGGACACAGCCAUGUAACCUUAACUUGCGACAGCUUCAAAGAAUUCAUACGACACUGCUUGGAAUCCGAGGAGACAACGACAAAUUGGUCAUCGAGACAUUGCUCUACCAAAGAAAUCAAAACCAACAACGAAACAUGACACAAACAAAUGAUUUAAGAAAAUCUUCAAAGAGAUUAAUCCAGAGAAGUGCAACUAUGAGGGGCUCUAGUCAUUCUUAUAGAAAGGAAUUGAUCACUGGAACGUCGAAAAUUCCACUGUCUUCUGCUUGUAUUCGUUUAGUGUCCCUUUAUUGUUCACGUUGUCUGCAAGGAACUCCGAAUUUGGUGACGAGAGAGUUCCAUGCAAAGAGCAUUGUUUUCAGGUCGCCGGCAGGGACCCAAGUUUGGUGGGCACGUGUAACAACAACAUUGACCCCAACUUCUCAACAACAACAACCAAGAUGGUACAGCCUAUCUCAUCCUCCUGACACUGUAAGUCCACCGAGCAAACUGAAACGUUAUCUUGUCGACAACUGUGUACGCUUUGCAGAAUGGUAUGAGCGGUUUUUAGAAAGACGCUAUCCAAAAGUGUUUCAAGUAUACAAAAUAUUUAAAAUUGGAAUUCGGGACUUCAUCAUGGAUACAAAAAUGUAUUACCUCGUUACCACAAACCUUUGGACUGGAAAAAGCCUCAAUGAUUUUACCAGAAAAGAGCUUGAAGUCUACAAACAGUACCCCAGAGAUGUGUGGAAGGUCUCUCCAGUGUUGAUUAUAUCUGCACUCCCAUUUGCUAAUUACAUUGUCUUCCCAAUAGCGUACAUGUACCCAAAGUGGUUUUUGUCACCACAGUUCUGGACCAGUGAACAGAAAGAGGCUAUCUGGGGUGAACAACUUGCUAAACGUCUUGGUCACUGUCCAGUUGUCCUGCGCAACCUUCGUGCUCGACAUGCACACAUGGACGAUGACCAUCCUCUACAGGAAAAACUCAAGAAUAUGCUGAACAAGAUUCGACAUCUACAGAGUCUAACUGUAAAAGAAAUCCUUGCUCUGAAGCCGCUGUUUGAAGAUUACCCUUGUCAUCUGGAAAAAAUUUCAAUUGCAUAUGUCCGUCAACUAGCCAAAUGUAACGGUCUGCCUCUAAGACGUUCCAAAUUAAUUGAUGCUACAUUGAUUGUACACUACACAGAUCUUGCCUUGGGACGAGAGGGCAUAGAAAAUCUAAGUAACGAAGAACUUGCAAAGGCGUGCUACUCAAGAUCACUAAAUCCUGUCGGCAUCUCUCGCAAUGAACAAUUACAAUACCUUUGCCAGUGGGUAGAAGUCAGCAGAGCCAUUAAUGCGCACAUGUCAACAAUAACUGAUGUGCCUUUCUUUCCAUCUCCCUCACCUCUGCUCCUGCCAUCACAAAAGCCGCCAACUCUAUAUUCGUCACUUUCAGUGUUUUCUUACAAAAGCUCCACCAUCACUACCGAUACAUCGCCACGCCAACACCACUGUUGCCACCACACUUCUCCUACCUGUCUUAUUUUUACCUGCAACAAGCCUCUCUUCCUUUGCCUCUUCUAUCAUAUUUAG